AUGGGGUCGAAUUUCGUUGAGAACCAGCAGUCUAAUAAGUCCCACAGGACACGCCAAAGUGGAGCAUCUUCCAAGGAUAAGAAAAAAAAGAAGGAGACGAAUCAAAAUCCCAAGGUUUGCUUAUUGUGCCAUGUAUUAUUCCGUUCUGUUCUGCGAUAUGUGAACGUUGCGCAGGGUAAUCUGAGUGUCAGCAUAGUUUACGGUUUCAUUUAUGUUAUGUGAUAUAAGAAAUGCGCAAAGCUCUUACUUUUGUUAAAGGAAAUUGUCUUCUUGUUAUGCUAGGCCUUUGCAUUUACUUCAACAGUGAAGGCCAAACGUUUGCAAUCCCGCACUACAGAAAAAGAGCAACGUAGGCUUCACGUUCCAGUAAUUGACCGCUCAGUUGGAGAUCCGGCUCCCUAUGUCAUAGUGGUGCAUGGGCCUCCAAAGGUAGUUCUACCACCAACUGCUAUUAAUCCAACAUAUUAUAGCUCGUAAUUUUCUCUAAGUGGGAAACAUGAUGAGUACUUCUCGUGGGAAUGCUCCUAUCCUCACAUUAUUAUUUUUAUGCAGGUUGGAAAGUCUUUGUUGAUAAAGUCUCUUAUUAAACAUUAUACAAAGCAUAACUUACCUGAUGUUCGAGGUCCAAUCACUGUCGUGUCAGGUUUACUCUCUUUCUUUAAAACCUUUUUUCUAAUUUACAGUUUGUUUUUUAAGGCCAACUUAUCAAAGAGGAUGUCUGCCGUGUACAUUUAUUUGAAAGUUAUUCAUCGACCAAAUGCAAUAUUCUUUUCCUUCAUCGAUAAAAUUGUGAUGCCAUCUGAUCCAAAAUAAGUUCAUCUUACCGACUAUUUUCCAUGUGUAUUACCGUUUGUCAGGUAAGCAGAGAAGACUACAGUUUGUGGAAUGCCCAAAUGAUAUUAAUGGAAUGAUUGAUGCUGCAAAAGUUGCUGACGUUGCACUACUGCUAGUUGAUGGAAGUUACGGGUUUGAAAUGGUGAGCUCUUUGAUUUAAUUCCUGAAAGGAUUCAGGGUAAAAUAAUUUUAUGCUGAAUUAUUAUUAAUGUUCAACAGAAGCAAAAAAUUCCAUUUUUUUUUUGAGAUUGGCAAAUAACUUUUGGAGUUGGUUGCGUUUUCUUGCUGAGAAGAGAAUGAUUCAAAUGACUAAAUCUUUGGAAUGUUUGAAAAAACUUGUCUUCAAUUUUUCUUCUGCUAAUAAUAUCUUGUUGUGAUUAUAAUGUGUAUUGUUACUGAUCUUCUUCUGCUUCUGUCUGUCAGUCUGUUUCCUUAUUUUUUACCCUAGAUGGGUUUAACCUUAGGUCGUCUACGGUUUUGGUUUUUUGCGUUGACCUAUGCUGACUAGAAAGCUCAGCUUGCGAUACUAGAAGUGAGCAAUGUACAGGAUGAUCUAAAAGAGCUUCAUCAACUAAGCUAGGUCUGGAAAAUCACAGAUGGAACCAAGACGAAUUUACACUUCGACAAACUUGGAUUCUUUUUAAGUUACAACUUUGCAUUAGAUGUGUAUGCUCUGAUAUUGUGUGUUUAAUGCUUAUCUGUCAGAAUGACCUAUCAUAUUGCUCUUGGAACAUAUCAUGUAAUCAAUGAGAGAGUAUUAUUUAACUGAAAAUAUCCCAUAUAGUGUUUCUGAGGGAAAGUUUGUAGUCAUCUUGUUAAUGAUACUUUCUUUUGCAGGAAACCUUCGAGUUUCUUAAUAUUUUGCAAGUUCAUGGGUUUCCAAGAGUUAUGGGUGUCCUUACGCAUCUUGACAAAUUCAAAGAUGUAAAGAAAUUGAGGAAGACAAAGCAACGACUCAAGCAUAGGUUCUGGACUGAAAUAUAUGAUGGCGCUAAACUUUUCUACCUUUCUGGACUUAUUCAUGGGAAGUAAGUUGAGUUUAUCCGUGUCUGUCCUUAAAGCCAUAUAUAAAAGUUAACCAUGAAUGUGUUAAUAAUUUAUCAUGAUUAUUAUGGUUUAACCCUUUGGUUUGAAUCCGUAAUGCUUGUUGCAUCUGAUGUGUCGCCUAUAAUAUUUCACUUGCAGAUGUCUUUACUUUGCUAUCUUUUCUAUUUUUAUUGGUGAAUAUGGCAAGUUGGAUUAUUGUGACCUCCACAUGUAACUGUCUUCGUCAAUUGUCUUUCUGUCAGAUAUCCUAAACGUGAAGUACACAAUCUUGCAAGAUUUAUCUCAGUCAUGAAAUUCCGUCCCUUGACGUGGAGAAUAUCACACCCUUAUGUUUUAGCUGAUCGUUUUGAAGACAUAACUCCACCAGAAAGAGUGCAGACCAAUAGAAAGUGCGAUAGAAAUAUCACACUUUAUGGCUACCUUCGUGGUUGUAAUAUGAAGAAAGGCACAAAGGUAUGCAUUUUUAGCCUUCCUGGGUGAAUAUGGGUACUGGUAUCCAUUUUCAGCCAUCUUAUUAGAAUAUCUGCUAUCAAAGUAUAUAUAAAAAUAUUUAGUUUUAUUAUUUUUAGAUUCAGUACAAAUUUAAAAAGAGGUUUUUGAAAUCAAGCAGUGGUAAAUUAUAUGCCCUUUAUACUUGGGGGAUAAUUUUUGGUUGUCACUGGUAAAAUUUGAAUGGAAGUUGAGAUAUCAAGGUUUUCAUAUCAGAUCAUGUCAGAUAUCGCGCUCUCUACAUUUAGAUGAUGAAAUUCUAUGAUUAGAGUUCUGGUCAUUGUGCUAAAUCAGUUGUAGAUGGCAGCAACACAUUAUCAUGAUGGAUGAAAUGCCCAUGGCUAAGUAGCUUCGCAUGUCUGUCUUCCCUGGUAGGCUUGUGUGUUGACCCCUGACCCACGAAAAUUCAGGUACAUAUUGCUGGUGUGGGUGAUUGCAACGUUGCUGGAGUUACAGGUCUGGUUGAUCCAUGUCCCUUACCAUCAGCUGCAAAAAAGAAAGGCUUACGUGACAAGGAAAAACUUUUUCAUGCACCUAUGUCUGGUCUUGGGGACUUGCUUUAUGACAAAGAUGCUGUUUAUAUCAACAUUAAUGAUCAUCUUGUUCAGUUUUCCAAUGUCGAGGAUGGAAGUAACAAAGCAAAGAGAAAAGGUAUCCCAGAAAUUCACUUUUUUUUUAGCUGCUUUAACUUGGUUUUUUUAAUGUGGACUAUUUUUGCCUUGUGCACCUUUCAAUCAUUUGCUGGAAAUUUAGUUUUAUGAUAAUGUUCUUUGGGGAGUGACCAUGCUUUGGUGUGUUUGUCAUCCUGUUGGAGGAUAGAUAAACCUGAGUUAGUGUUUCUGUCAUUUUUAAAUCUUCUGCUUUUUUUUUUUUUUUGUUGAACUUACUCCGAUUCAGAUGGAGUAAUACAAAUCAGAGAUCUGGUCCCACAUGGAGGAAGUAUAUUCCGCUACUACCAAUUCCGUCUCUAAGUGGUAACUAGGACAUACGAAUCUUUAUGGUCAUAAUCAGUUUAGUGACUUAUGUCUUUAUUUCCCUCCAUAAUCAGGAUAAGUGGUUUGUUUCUGGGGCUCGCCAAGCCCAAGGUUUACUUGCGAAAAAAAACUGUCAAGUAGGCACUUGAUUUUUACCCUUUGCUGAUGCAGAUCAGUACCCUGCUCAGCUUGUUUUUGAUAUUUCAACUCCAUAGUAUCUGAGUGUUGUUCUGUUCCUGUAAAAAGUAUGCAAAACUAUAUUACUAAAUUUAGGAGAGUUCAUAAAGAAGCUUUGAUAGAUGAUGCCGGUUUAUAUGAGGGAGUUUCACCUAGGCAACACGUGCCAAAGGCAUUUACCUCAACUAGGCAUUUUGAAGUGACGUCAAUGUCACUCAUUCACAUUUGCAUAAUUCAUGCUUAUGUGGAUAAAUGCAUCAUGCAAUGCAAAUUUGGUGCGGAAUGUUGAAUUCAUAAAUGCUAAUGGCACUAUUUAUGAGCAUCAACUUGGCUGAAUUUGAAUGCAUAAGGCAUUGUGCCAGAGAAACUGUCACCUUUCAGCUGUUAGUGCUUGAUUUGUGAAUAAAUUUUUUAUAUCAUUUUUAAAGUGAUGCGACUAGUUAUUUCAAAUAGCUAAUUACUUACAUAUUGAGUGCUUUAUUUGAAAUUUCAUACUGUCCUAAGAGGACCCAAUAUAUCAUGGUGAAUUGAAUUGAAAGUGGCUGGAAGUCGUGGCUCUCUUAUUUUUUUAUAGGUGAUUAAUGGGAAUCUGUUGGGCUAACAAGAAUCACUAUCAUUAUCAUGUAAAUUUAAAAAGCUCCAUGGCCAGCCAUGGCGAUUAUUUUCAAUCUAGUUGGUGACCUUUAAGGGCAAAAUCCUGUUCGUGUUCUGUUUUUGCCCCAACCAUUCAUCCGAUAUAUAAGAUAACUAUACUAUUAAUAAGCCACGUCCAUCAAGGUUUAGAGGUAGCGAUUUUUCAGCCUGCAGAUGAUACCAUCAUCUUCCAUCUGUUGGAGAACAAUUCUACGUGACUAGGUUGGCUUUGGAAUUUGUAGAAGAAACGAAUUGACACUCUAUGUGAAUUAAAACAAGAGCCUAGUUGAGUGGGUGAAUAUGGUGAGAAGCGAGCUUAGAAGUUCAUGGUAUUGGUUGGGAGGGUGGAGAAUUUCCUCCUUGCAUUGAAAUACCACUUACUACAUGAGUUUUUGAGUCUGUGAAAGGAAAAAAUAUGAAGACUACUUGAAUUUUUUAAUGCAAAUUCCAUGUGAGGACGUGCUAUUCAGCUUUCUGAUCUGCUGUUUAUCUCUAUUAAGGAUCUCUAAAUAGUGACAAGGAUGUUAACUGCUGAUGCAGUGUUUUCGUUUGGUAUGAGAGUGGUGAUAAGUAUUCAGGAUAGCUUGAUACUAAAUGGGGAGGAAAAUGUAGACGCAAUCAAUAGAAGCUUGUGGAUCAUCAAUUGGGAUUUUGUUUUGACAUUGCUAAGGUCUGAAGCAUACUGUUCUACUUUGAAAGAAUGUGACAAUAUCAUCCUUUGGGGCAUAUGCCUUCUUGUGUUUAAUGAGGAAUCAGCAUUGGACCCUUAAGGAAGGAAUGGAAUAAUCCAAUCCUUUGGGCCAUUUACAGCUAGAAGAACCUGAUAUUUUUGAAAUGCAACAGAUUUUGAACUCAAAAGAUGUUUGAUUUUAUUUGCUAUGUAAUGAAGGGGCGGUGAGUCAUUUCUUGUAAUGAGGAAGAGUCAUGAAGUUGUUUUUUAGACACUUGAAUUAUUUUUUUGAUCUUGGUCGAGGUGUGGUCUGUAUUUGUUCUACAUAUUUACCCUGAGAGUAUUACAAUGUGUUGAGACCAGGAUAGAAUGCCUGGUUUAAAGUAUAUUGAAAAAAUAAAAAUAAAAAUAUUAUUAAAUGUUAGGCAAAUAAUAAAGAGCAUGUCUGAGCACCUCUAAAAUAUGAAAGAAUAGUAACAUAAAUUAUUCAGACAGUAACGAACUGUUGUAUCCGUCCCAAACAUCUUUAUACAUUCAGUUGUCAGGUUGAACAUGUCUCAUGGACGGUCAUUUGUGUCUGAUGCUAGACUGAUCCUGUUGAUGCUUAGUCGUUCAUGUGUCUUGGACAUUUAGGCUGCCUUGUUUUCCUGGAAUUGCCUUGGCAAUGUUUAAAAAAUAUGGCGUGCUCUUUUUUUUUUUAUGUUCUCUGAAUAAGUAAUGUUUUCCUCGUUGAAAAUAAUGUUCAUUGACCACUUGGGGAUUUGAGAACCGUAGACCUCCAAUAUAAUGCUCCUCAUAUAUAGGAUAGCGAAUUUGUUGUCUAGUUGUUGUCAUUUUGGUACUAGUUUAAACAUACUUGAGAAUAUAUUAAACAUAGUCACGUGGUAUUUUUGUGCUAUUCGUUUUUGUUUUAGGCUGCCCUCCUUCAUAAGGAUUUUUUUUCCUAACAUAUUCUUGAUGUUGUCUGAUGCAGGAGAUGAUCAUGAUGUUGGCAUAGCCUUGGUAAAGACACUUCAGAAUACUAAGUACUCCUUGGAUGAAAAAUUGGAGCAAAGUUUCAUUAAUUUAUUCAGUAGAAAGCCCUCUGUUUCCGAAGGAGGCAACAGCAGUGGUAAUGAUAUAGGAAACCCUGACAACCCUAGCCUGAAGAUUGACAAGAUGGACAAAGAGAUGUUGCUACAGCGUGAUGAAACUACGGAAAGAGAUCAAGGAAAGGUUUGUGAAGCUGAUAAUCCUGCUGAGGAAGAAGAUGAUGCCUCAUCCGAUGAUGAGCAUCAGAAUCCUUUAGAUACUGAUUUGAAAGAAAAGAUAGAAUUUCAUAAUGGGAGAAUGAGAAGGAAAGCUGUUUCUGCAGGAGACGAUGAUGUUUUUGAUUUAAAGGUAUUUCCUAUAUUUAAGUGCUUUGAUGCAAUACCGUCUGUUUCAGUUUAAAAAUUGAUCUGUCUGAUUUUGGGGCACAAGUCUGGAAAAUAACUGGGGUUGAAGCGGGCUCGGGUCUUAUGGACAACCCUAUGGAAUGGACGUUGAUGUAGUUUGUCCAUUCUUAUGGCUCCUGUAUGUUCCAGAGUGAGAUGGGGCUACGAGUUUUUAACAAGAUCUUUAGUCCUCGAUUUUGAGGCCUCCCCAGACCAUAUUGGUGUUAUCUUUUUUCAAGGAAGCUGUAUAUCACAUUAAUCUCAACUAGCCUGAUCGACAUACAAACAUGUUGAGCAUUUGGAAAGAAAUAGGCAAGUAUGAUGACACCUGUUAUCUAAUGUGCCUUUGUCUCAUAGGCUACGGUUUGAAGGCUCCUAACAACACAUUCUUUAUAAAGAAAGCUGUAGUAUGCAACUUGUUUGAUGCUAAAACAUCCCUAGCAUUCAACUAUGAUAAUAAAACAUUUUAGUUCCCUGUUGAUUAUUGUCUACUUUCGAUAUUCCUACCACUAGAUGUUUGUUUUUCGAUUAUAGGUUUUGAUUAUCUCAUGAUUCUCAUCUUUUAACAUUGCAUGUCGAACAGGAUGCUGAAGAAGAUGGUGCUGAAUUACAUGGAUCCGAGGAACUAAGUGCUGAUGAGCAAUUGGACUCAGUUUCAGACUCAUCAAAUGAAAGUGAUGACUCUCAGACUGAAGGUUUUUAUCCUUUUCACUCAACUUCUCUAAGGCACUUGCAGUUAUUUAUUCAUUCUCAUUUAAGUUUAUCUGCUGUAAGAAAUGUUGUUUUCAAAAUUAAUGGCGGAAAGUUUCAAUCAACGAGUAGUUAAGUUCUAAAUGGCCUCGAGUCAUUAUUUUGGUUACACAUUUGGAUCAUAGUACGGUAAGUGAGUAGCUGCCGCUUGGUUCUCAAAUGGAGUUGACUUUAAAAAAUUAUUUCAUGACCUCUUUCAGAAGAAAUCAGUAAUUUGUAAUCCUUCUAGUGUUGCAGACUUGGAAAUAUCUGUUAGUGAUUUGUUACUUUUCUAAUUUUCAGUUGCUUUGGCCAUGGUCGGACAGUUAGUCCUCAUCUCCCUUCUCUUCAUUUGUUUUGCCAGUUAUUGCCUGGCUUCAAAGCGGAAAUAAGAUGCUAUUCUUAAAAGAAACAAUGGUGUUUUAUUUUCUGAAGUGACAUCUUCAGGUGAAACUGUUUUUCUUUCUCUGGUUAAACUGCAGAUGAAUUAGGAAAUGCCUCCAAGUGGAAAGAGUCGUUGGCUGCCAGAACCAUCUCAAGGCAGAAUAAGAACCUCAUGCAACUUGUAUAUGGGCAACCUGGACUCGAGAUUGGUGCUGCUGUUCAGGAAAGACUGAGCGGGAGCGAGAGUGAAGAUGGUGAGGAUGACGAGUUCUUCAAGCCAAAAGGAGAGAGGGAAAAGGUAUUGUUAGACUUCGCCAUUUCGUAUAGUUUGUCUUUUUGAAAACAUAUGUAAUUUUGUUUCUUGAAUGCUGUAGACAUCAAAUGAAGGUAUUGGGGCUGAUAGUUUUAGUGCUGAAGAUUGCUCCAAGUACUCGAAUUAUGCAAACACAAAGGAUUGGUCCAAUGAUGAUCUUAUUCAAAGCAUCCGUGAUCGCUUUGUCACUGGAGAUUGGUCCAAAGCUGCACGUAGAGGCCAUGCAACAGAUGAUGCUGAUGGUGCUGAAGAUGACGAUGACUCGAACUACGGUGAUUUUGAGGAUUUAGAGACUGGAGAGGUUUUUAAUAGCCAGGCUACGUCAGAAGAUAAAAAUGGAGUGGCUCAAGAAGGUGCUGACCCUGCAGCUGAGGAGCGAAAGUUGAAAAAACUUGCUCUUCGUGCAAAAUUCGACGCUCAAUAUCCUUUUUUCAAUGAUUUAUGAGAUUCAGAAAAAUUACAUGAUUUCUUCACCCUUCAAAGCUAUAUCUUUAACAUUAAUAUUAAUUUAGAGGUGUGAGUGCUUGCAAAUGAACAUCAGCCAUGAGAGCAUAGGGCUCAGACAUGCAAAUUCGCGCACAAACACUAGUCUCCUCUCUCUCUCUCUCUCUCUCUCUCUCGCUCGCUCGCUAUAUACAUAUAUAUGUGUGUCUCUGUGUGUGUGUCUCUGUGUGUCUCUGUGUGUCUGUGUGUGUGUGUAUGUAUGCACUUAAACACCUAUCGUAAAUAUUAGAAACAUAAAAUCUAUUGAAAUGUGUCUGAGAUCGAUAGCUAAACAAUUGAUUCUUGGUAAAUUUCUGAUCUCUUACCAUUAUCAGCACUUUCUUGGCCUGUUUGUUUUUAUCUAGUCAUAACGUGUAUGUUGUGCUAAAAGGUUAAAACAUAAGUGUCAGCAAAUUUUGCAUUUGUGUCCUUGUUGAACAUAUGUUACCUGAAUAAUUUGAUGUUUUCAAUAUUCUGCCUUAUGAUAGUUGAUGUCCUUAUCAUACUUUUCCGUUUUUGAAUGUUUUCUGUGUUCAUUAUUUGUGAGCUAAUAUGAUACCUUAACUAUAACCUACAUAUGAUGGGUCUGAACAGUUAGAUGAUGAGCCCAGUGACGGAAAGAAUGCUAGUACUUCUCGAGACCAUGCUUCUGAUGGUGGAUAUUUUGACAAAGUAAGCUAUUCCACGGUAAUUUGAAGUUUGAAUUUGUUUAGCCAAAAGCAUGCUAUAUGAAAACCUGGAUUUUGCAGUUGAAGGAGGAGAUCGAGCUUCGCAAACAGAUGAAUAUAGCAGAGCUCAAUGAUCUUGAUGAUGCUACACGCAUUGAAAUCGAAGGUUUUAGGACAGGAACUUACUUACGGUUGGAGGUCCACAAUGUGCCUCAUGAGAUGGUUGAACAUUUUGAUCCCUACCACCCGAUUUUAGUUGGAGGAAUUGGAAUUGGAGAAGAAAAUGAAGGAUACAUGCAGGUAAAUAGUUGGUAUCAUUUUUCAUUUUUUUCAAAAGAGUAUCAUGAUGCAUGAUUGUUGAAGAUCUACUGUUACAGGUAUUAGCAUUACCUUUUCUUAUGCGACUUAGGGUUGAUGGUUGAUGGAAACUCAAAAAGAAUGUGCACAGUUAAUCGUCAUUUUUUAUUUUCCUUCUUUUCAAACAUUACGUAGAAUUAUUAACCGUGGUUUUAGAUCAAUGAUGUCAGAUGGAUUCAACAGCCCUUGAAAUGAUUGUAUUAUUUUCUGCUAAAAACAUUAUAACUUCACAUAGAUGUUUCAGAUUUGAGAGGGGGGAGGCAAUUUUGGUUUUUAGUGCUGAAGUAAUCUAAACAAAGGAAUGCAAUGAAAGCAAAUGAGUAGAACAUUUUAUGCUAAAAUUUUGAAUGGCAUCCGCAAACAUAUAUGCUUUGGCAUUUUAUGCUGUUCUACGUCGUUAUGUAUAUAAUGACUUUUCUGUAGAGUUUGAUUAUAAUUCUCGAUUUGAAUCCAAAUCUUCAACUCUAUCAUUUUCUGUCUUUAACAAGGAGACGAGAGAGUCAUUACAAGGUAUCAACUUGCUUUAGACGUUAGACAACUGUUUCUCUGGUAUCAAUUAACGUAUUGACUGAAACUUGCUUCUUGACUUCUUUGGUCAUAAGACGAUCCUUACUUGAAAAUUAGAGGAUUUUUUUUUUUCACUCUCAAAAUAUAUAUUUUAAAACAUUUUGAUCAUUAUUAACUGGUGUCACUUCAGAUAUUUUCAGUUCCAGAAUCAUUGACAAAUUGAUAGGUUGAUCCAAAUGGCAGCGAAGUUUUUUAUUCGCGUGAUUGCGUAAUUAUUUCGUUUCUAUUGUGACAUCUGGGCUUUUUCCUAUUUCGUCAUUUCCUUUUAUCCUGCUUGUGCGGGUACUUUCUUUGGUCAGUGGAGGAAGGGCAACAGAACAUCGCCAUCUGUAAUUCGUAGUCCCCUUCUUCUUGGGCGAAGUUUAUAAAAUUAGCCUUAUCUAGAGUGGAGCGAUUUUGACUUUCAAAAUCAAGAAUUUGCUAUAUGAAGUAGUACAUGGGAUAUAAAGAGAAAAGGGACUGUAGUGUAGAGGUCUCGGGCUAGAGAGGGGUCAAAAUUCUCAUAACAUUUCGAUUUUCUACUCUAUCAAACUGAUUAUUUAGAAUGCGAGUCUAGGAUGAAGGCAUCAACAACUUUGUCAGGAAUAGGAUUGACAGACUACUAACGAUGUCAGUUACCUGCUGUCUUUCUAUCUUUAUCAUGUCUUAAAUGGUGUUUAGGAAAAUGAAAAGCAUUUGGAGUUCUCUUUUUAAGAAAGGACGAAAGAAUAGCAAAGGGCCUUAUUGAAGAGAUGGGUGUGACCACCAUGUGACAAUGGGAUCUGGUUGUGGGGUGUGCAAAUCCAAUAACCAGGAUUCAAACCCAAUACGCAUUAACUAGAUCGUUUAGUUACCAUUUUUUUCAUUUUUAUACCCAUACUUCUCUUUAUAUAUCCAUGUCCCGUGCAUUUUCUUUCAAUCAAAUAAGUAAGGAUACAGCUGUAGCCUGAUGUGACAGGAAAACGCACAAUGCUGAAAAUCGAAUUUGGGUACUUGUCUCUGUGCAAUUUGUCUCUUCCUACUCUUAUUUUUGCUUAUCAAAGAUUAUAUGAAAUGUGGGAAAGUCUGUUGAAUGGAGGCUUAUGGACCAGUUAGGAUUGUGUUUCUGCCUUCUGGUUACAUGUUGGUUGGUACUGCUGGUGUAGAUAGUUUGCACCGGAGACUAGUCAAACACUGUCUGUGCUACAACUUGCGGAUCAAAAUCAAGGCGCCAGGUUCCUUUUGGUUCAGCUUCGCGCAAUUUCACGUGUCAAUGAGACCACUGAGGCUUUUGUAUCCUAAACCAUCCAAUGGCCAUUCCAAAACCGUUAUCCUGAUGGCCUUCAUUCCCUUUUCUCCGCUGAUGCUGAGUAUAGCUUGUUAAUGUUAUUGGCUGAUAUGACCUGAUAAUUGUGGACUGACCUUUCACUCCGUUGGAAACUGUCAAAUUUAGUUGAUGACGUCUCAUUAUUUCUUAUGCUUGACAUUGGCGCAGAAACUUUCUACUCAAUAAUGGAAAAACUGUCUAUUGAAAUGCUCGACUUGUCAACAUUUAUGGCAUAGGCACGAACGUCUUCUAUUUCUGGAUUUAUUUUUUUUUGAAAGCUUCUGUAAUAUGACAAUUUAGUUUUUUGAUUACUAUGCCCAACGCCAAACCAUAAUAUAAAGUGAAAAAUUAAAGAAGAAAGAAGAAAAUUAUUCAUAUUCAGAAGAGUUUACCCAUUCCUCUGUUCUCAUUGUCUUGAUGGUUAUGAAUACCAUCCGUUUCUUUAUCCAAUGCACCCCUGUUUUGGAGUAAUGGCAGAUGAUAAUGUGCUCGUUUCUUGGUUCAGAUUCGGUUGAAAAGGCACAGAUGGCAUAGGAAAGUGUUAAAGACCAGAGAUCCAAUAAUUGUCUCUAUUGGUUGGAGACGAUAUCAGACUAUUCCUAUUUAUGCAAUCGAGGAUCGAAAUGGAAGGCAUCGAAUGCUCAAGUAUACUCCUGAGCAUAUGCAUUGUCUCGCUAUGUUCUGGGGUCCUCUUGCACCGCCUAAAACUGGAGUAGUUGCGGUCCAGAAUGUAUCAAACAAUCAGGUUUUUUCUCUGCACAUAUGUUUACUUUCAUAGUUAUCACCACUCAAUUUUCCAUUACUACGAUGUGUUCAUGGUUUGGUACUCAUUUCAGUAAAAACCUUGUAAAAAAAAAAGAAGCAAUUACCUUUCAUUUGAAACAAUGGUGUGUGAGUCUCUGACUUACUGUUUACCGUGCAGGUAGUGGUUGAUUCUGUAACCCACUAAAAACAUUUACCUUCUUCUCGAAUCUAAUUUCUGUAUGACGACCCCGAAGGAUAUUUAUUAUUGACCUGAAAUCAUAGUUAAUUAAAAAAAUUGUAUGAUUUGUAAAACCAGCACAGGUGACAAUUUGUGGCCAUAUAAUUUUUCUGUGGUGCUUGGUGCAGCAGUAUUACCUUGUAUUGAUUCCCGGUAGCUGUUAUUUUGUGCAAUCUGUGUUUACGUCUUGGUGGGGAAACCAAUCAGAUUAUUUUCGUUUCUUGGUUGCUUUCAUCAUAUGAUGAUGUCUUUGUCUGGCAUUCUGUUGAUGCGCGCAGGCCGCAUUUCGGAUUACUGCUACUGCAGUCGUGCUGGAGUUCAACCACGCCGCGCGCAUUAUGAAAAAAAUCAAGUUCGUUGGUACCCCGUGCAAGAUCUUCAAGAAGACGGCGUUUAUCAAGGGCAUGUUUAAUUCUGAUCUCGAGAUCGCCAAGUUCGAAGGUGCGGCCGUCCGGACUGUGAGUGGCAUCCGGGGUGAGAUUAAGAAGGUAACUAAAAUAUCUCAGAGUCAUACUAUUAUUAGUAUUUUAUGCACCAUAAUAUGGUGAUCUAGCUGGCUUUUCUUUCUUGUUCGUAGGCUGCAAAGGCAGAGCUUGGCAACAAAGGGAAACACCCGGAGCUGGAGGGGGUCAAGGAAGGGAUUGUCAGGUGCACAUUUGAAGACAGGAUCCUGAUGAGCGACAUCGUCUUCCUCCGUGCAUGGGGAGCCGUAGACGUCCCCCGCUUCUUCAAACCGGUCGCAACUGCUCUGCAGCCACGCAACCAGGUCUGGAGCGGAAUGAGGACGGUCGCUGAGCUCAGGAGGGAGAACAACCUUCCAAUCCCCUACAACAAGGAUUCAGUCUACAAGGUUUUGUCGCCGACCCCGAAACAUGAUGCUCUGCGUCGUGGGCAUGUAGUAUUUAUGUUUCAUUGGAUUUCCAUAGCCCAUGACCUUAUUUCUUCUCGUUUUUCUGCAGCCUAUCGAGCGGAAACUGAAGAAAUUCAACCCCCUGGUGAUUCCGAAGACGUUGCAAGCAGCCCUUCCAUUUGCCUCAAAGCCCAAGGACAAGCCCAGCAGGAGCCGGCCGCAUCUGGACAACCGGCGAGCCGUGGUCAUGGAGCCUCAGGAGCGGAAAGUCCAUGCCCUUGUCCAGCACCUUCAGCUGAUCAGGAACCAAAAGGUAAUCCGCAUCGAACGAUUCAUCAUUUUUUUGAUAAGCGGCUUCCUUCCCCCCCCCUUGAUACGUCCCAUCGCUCGAGGAGGAGAAGCGCCAACGACAAACUGGUUACUCUGUUUCUACGCCCCCUUCCUAGUGGCUGGCGCUGCUGCUGAAAACCCAUUUUGUUUCACUUCUCUUGUAGAUUCAUGGUGGCCUUCUUCAUUCAAUCCCCAUCAUCAUUAUAAUUAAAUAAUUUUUUAAAAAAAUGCCCUUUCUGAUAGGAGAGUUUCCUGCGCUACUAUUUACCUCUAAACCCAAAAAAGAUUGGUAGGGUCUCUUUCUAUGCCCUUUUUCUGUGGUAGUGCUGCUUUUGAUAUGAUUUCGGGGGUGUUUUUCUUGGCGUGGGGUUCCGAUGGUGCAGUCGAGAAAGCAGAAGCUGAAAGACCAGGAGAAGAAGAAGGUCAACGACGCGCAGAAGGCGAAGGAGGAGCAGAUUGCGAAGAAGCGGCAGAGGGAGGAGCGCCGCGGGAGGUACAGGGAGGAAGCAAAGCAGCAGAAGAAGAAGAUGCGGAGAUGA